AUGCGUCUCAGCAUAGGCGCUCUUAUACGCCGAGUCCAGCGCCUUGGCUUCUCUUCUUGGUCUACACCAGGCCCUACCAAACAUGUCAAAAUAGACGACGAGGAACGAGGCGUGAAUUUCUACGAGUUACCAGCUCGAAAACAGGAUCGCUCAUCUUUUAGUAUGAUAAAGAUGAUUUUCCUCGUCCUCCUAGGCCUCCUUUUCCUAGUCCUUUUGUUCGCCUACAUAAUAUAUAAACCACCCCAAUUCAUCAUCAACUACCUUCAAUGGAAAUAUCCCUCCGUAUUAUUUCAUCUCCCCCUAUCAACAUCACACCGCGUCAUCGCUUUAACAAUCGACGAUGCACCAUCUGAAGAAACCGACCGAAUCUUAGAUCUCCUCAAGAUCUACAACGCCAAAGCCACAUUCUUCAUCAUAGGAAGCCAAAUCUCCUCACAUCCAGAGAUCAUACAAAGAAUCCACGACGAAGGUCACGAAGUAGGGAACCACGCAUGGGCGGAUGAACCCUCCAUCUCCCUCCCCUUAUCCGAGCUAGAACGCCAAAUCCAAGAAGUAGAAGAUCUUCUCCCCAUCAAUCGACCCAUCACGGGCUCCAAAAUCCCUCCCAAAUAUUUCCGUCCCGGAUCGGGAUUCUUUAAUGCGCAAAUGCUUGAGAUGGCAAAGGGUUUGGGAUAUCGUGUUGUGUUGGGGAGUAUCUAUCCCCAUGAUCCGCAAAUACAUCAUGCGAGGAUUAACGCGAGGCAUAUUUUGAGUAUGGCGAGACCGGGAGGUAUCAUCAUCAUGCAUGAUAGGAGAUCGUAUUCUGCGGCCGAGAUAGAGUUGGUGCUUGGGGGAUUGAAGAAGAGAAAGUUUAGGGUGGAAUCGCUGGGUGGUUUGCUUGGGGUCGCGGGAAUUAAUCAGGCGGUUUAG